AGAGAUAUUCACACAGGUGUGUCCCAUAUACAGGAAGAAGAGGCAAGUGACAAACAGUCAGCAAAUAGCGACAACCACACUGGGUGUCCUGACAGCACUAAGAGGGAGAGUGCACAGUGCUGACAACGAAAGGGCAUCACUGGCAGAGAGAAGAAUCUGACAUAGCGGUGGGAGAGCUACGCUGGCAGAAUGAGCUGGGCACAUGAAGAUUCUGAGGUGUAUAAGAUGCUUCAGGGGAACCAGGAAACCAAGACAUCUCCGAGACAGUCCAACAGCUUCAGACUGCUGCAAGAGGCCCUGGAGAGCAACUCAGAGGGUGCUGUAGUAACACCACUACCUAGCAGACUAUCCCCCAAUGUUCAGAAACCUGUUGUCAGUAGCCCACCACCUCCACUGAAAUUAUGUGAGAAGUGUCACACUGGAAUCAGUGAUGUGGCCGUAAGAAUCACAGACGGACGUCAUCGUCACCCAGGUUGCUAUGUGUGCGCAGACUGUGGCCUUAACCUUCGCAUGAGAGGGCACUUCUGGGCUGGUGACGAGCUUGUGUGUGAGAAGCAUGCACGUGAGAGACAUCUAACAACUACUGGAUCUCCACGCAGAUGAGUCAAGCAAAAAGCCAAAUGCCAUUUGAUGUCAUCCACACCACUUCCUAGAACACAGUGACUUCCAGCAAGUCUAAUGAUGGCACAUAUAUCAUUCCUGAAUAAGAUACCAACUCACCUAAUCUUAUGGGGGGAGCACGGACACAAUUACUCAACCCUUCUAGAGAAAGACAAUCGAAAAUAUUGUCACAUGUAGAAGUAAAAGGACAUAGAACCUUUUUUUUUUACUUUUAUGAUUCAGACAUAAUAUAUAUUUUUAAACAACUUACUAAAUUACUUCUAGUAUACAAAUUAGCUUCAUUAUCUUGGUAUCCUUUGUUGAAGGAGAAGCAAUGUACUACCAGGAGCUAGUGAGAAGAGGCAUAUAGGUGCAUCCACCAAUCAGCAAACUAACUUCCAGCAGAGCUUUGUUGUUUAAAUCUGGAUCAUGAAAAAAAAGUGUGUCCCUUUAAAGGGUCAUUCUACUGUAAAAAUAAAAUGCUCUGAUUUGUUACAGCAUUUCAUUUUAGACAAAUUAAUUUAUUUUUACUAUGUGUUUAAUUCUUGCAAUGGGGAUAUACACCCAGCAAAAAUUGUGUUUCAGCUGAGGAUACAGCUGGCGAGCAAAUGAGAAAUAGCCUUACAUACUUAUGAUCCAAUUACUGGCAGUAUCCUUAUCUGGAGCAGAAGGGGUAUUUCCAGGUGUACAACCUUGUGUGUGCGUUUAACCUUUGAAGACGUUAAACACAUAAUGAUAUAGAGCGCAUUAUUUUUACACUAUUGUCCCUUUAAUAAACUCAUUGUCUGUCUGUCUGUCUGUAUGUCUGUCUGUCUUUCUUUCUUCUGCUUUGAAUCUUAGAGCUAAACUUGUGCAAAAAAAAAAAAGGAGAUAAUAUUUCAUGUUUACAUUUUUUUGGACCUUUUAAACUUUUUUUCUGUACCAUAAUGUGCUGGGGGCAGAUAUAGAGAAACCAGCACUAUGUGACAAAUCUAUUACAGAUGUCCAAAAAUAUUUUAUUUUCUAAUAAAGAAGUUAUGCAAUGUU